AUGUCUACCAGAGAUCACGAGGUUGAGGCUACUCAACCUCAUCUGCAGGACAAUGUCGUUUCCCAAGUUGUUCUGGACGAGAAGGACCCGUAUGCCGUGGAAAAGGCUUCCCUAGAGACCCCCGAUGGUGAGGAGCCUACUGCGGAGGAGGCCAAGAACCUCCGUCACAUCGCCGAAAACUUGCCCGUCUCCGCCUGGCUUGUGGCUAUCGUCGAGUUGUGCGAGCGUUUCACCUACUACGGCAUGUCGGGUCUGUUCCAGAACUAUGUGAACAACCCUCUGGACGGUAGCAAGGGUCGCGGUGCUCUCGGUUUGGGUCACCAGGGUGCUACCGGUCUGACUACUUUCUUCCAGUUCUGGUGCUAUGUUACCCCUAUUCUUGGUGCCAUCAUUGCUGAUCAGUACCUCGGAAAAUACAAGACCAUCGUGCUCUUCUGCGGCGUGUACCUGGUCGGUCUCCUGAUCCUGGUCUGCACUUCGAUCCCUACUGCUCUCGAGCACGGUGCUGGUCUUGGCGGUUUCAUUGUCGCCAUUCUGGUCAUCGGUCUGGGAACUGGUGGUAUCAAGAGUAACGUUGCUCCCCUGAUUGCCGAUCAGUACAAGCGCAAGAAGAUGGCUGUCUCGACCACCAAGAAGGGUGAGCGGGUCAUCAUCGAUCCUGCUCUGACCAUCCAGCGUAUCUACAUGAUCUUCUACGGUUGCAUCAACCUCGGCUCUCUGUCUCUGCUGGCUACUCCUUACAUGGAGCGGGACAUUGGCUUCUGGUCCGGAUACCUGCUCUGUCUAUGCAUGUUCGCCUGUGGUACCCUGGUGCUCAUUGUUGGCCGCAAGUACUACGUUGUUCGCCCUCCUCAGGGCUCGAUCAUUACCGAUGCCUUCAAGGCUAUCGGAAUUAUGAUCGCCAACCGCAACAUGGAUGCGCCCAAACCCACCUGGCAGGCUGCCAAUGGUGGCAACAGACCCAACCUGCCUUGGGACGACCACUUUAUCGAUGAGCUCAAGCGUGCUCUGGUUGCUUGCCGUGUCUUCUGCUUCUUCCCCAUCUACUGGGUUGUCUAUGGCCAGUUCUCUGGUAACUUCGUCACCCAGGCCGCGCAGAUGGAAGGCCAUGGUAUUCCCAACGAUCUGAUGCAGAACUUUGAUCCCAUCUCAAUUAUUAUCUUCAUCCCCCUCCUGGAGACCCUGGUCUAUCCUCUGAUGCGCCGGUUCCACAUCCGCUUCCGUCCCAUCACUCGUAUCUCCCUGGGUUUCAUCGUCGCCUCUCUUGCCAUGAUGUACGCCGCUAUUGUGCAGCACCUCAUCUACGCUGCCGGUCCUUGCUACGACAGCCCUCUCUGUGACGCCUCUAAAAUCGACGGCACCGCCCAAGGCAACCAUGUCCACAUUGCCAUCCAGACCCCUGCCUACAUGUUCAUCGGUAUCUCGGAGAUUUUCGCCUCCGUGUCCGGUCUGGAGUACGCCUACACCAAGGCUCCUCCUUCAAUGAAGUCGUUCGUGCAGUCUAUGUAUUUGCUCACCAACGCCUUCGGUUCCGCCCUGGCCGAGGCCUUGACCCCUGCCGCCUUCGACCCCGCCAUCCUGUGGAUGUUCGUCGGUCUGGCCUGCGCUUCGUUCUUGGUCGGUAUUAUCUUCUGGCUCGUGUUCCACCACCUCAACGCCCAGGAGGACGACAUGAACAAGCUCGACGCCGACGACCCGGAUACUCCUCCUCCCCGCGUGCACACGGACAAGAACUAG